AUGGAAUUUAAGAAGUGCUUUCCUCUGUGCAUGCGGUUUAUCAUUGGUGAAGAUUGCCAUGACAUGUGCUUUGCCUGUCUGGGGUUUCGCCACGCGGAGGCCACAUUGGAGGGUUCGGAUUGCCCGCAGUGCGAUCUAAUGAAUGUCAGAAUGCUCCACGAAAGGCUUGCCUGCUUUGGAUAUUCGAUCAAGCCAUGUGCUUGUGCGGGCCGCAUGUCUGCCAGUGCCGCGUGGCUGCUUGACCCGAGGGAGGCCGGCGUGAACACAGAGGAGAUGGGAGCUAAGCAGCAGGCCAACCUGUGGUUCUCUUCGUCACUCUCCCCAGAUUCGGCUCGACCUUCUCCAGUGGAAUGUACACACGUGCACUUGCGUCCUAGCCCUGAGGCCCGCACAGCAGUUUCCUUCAGCUCUGAGGAUGAGGACGCCAUGUCUGUGGUGGCAUCGGAUUCUGAAGAUUUCGCCAUCGGCCAGGCUGAAGCCUUGUCUCCUAGCGGUCGGAUUUUCAGACCUUUGGUAACUUAUCCGGAGUUGCUGGAGGUUAUUACAUGUGCAGUGGAGAAAUUGCACCUGGACUGGCCAGAUGAAACACAGUCGGAGGAUCGUGGUGACUGCACAUUGCCAUUCAACAACAGUGUAGACUUCAUCCUACAAAACUUUGGGAGUUUCUCUUCUUUUGCACUGCUUCAAGAUUUCUCCAAUUUUAGCCGCAAUUUUUCAGCUGUGGGGGCCAUUACUGUACUGUCACUGGUGCAGCUGGGUGAACUGGUGUUCACACCUCCCGCUAAACCAGAAGACAGGAAUGACAUCCUCAGAAGAGUCUUUGACUUCCUUCUUCAAGCCCCUAACAGGGACAAACUGAUCAACUUCAUCCCAUUUCUGGAGACACAGGCCAGCAAGGCAAACUUCAGUUGUGAAAAUUACAAAAUCAUCUUUGACAGGAUAGAUCAGACUUUGUCAUCAGUCUCUCCUAACCAGUCUGAAACACUGCUGACUAUUAGAGAUUCCCUGAUGAUGAUUCCUCCCGAUGAGUGCAUAGAGAGAGCUGGCCAAUGCACAACAACCCCUGUAAAUGAGACCGUUCUCUGUGCAAGCAUCAACAGCUCUGCAGUGGAUCAACUCCUGAAUGGAGCAGCUCCACCUGCAACAGGCCCCCAGAAUCUCUGCAACUUUACUGUCUUGCAGUACGCCUGUCUUCCAAUGCUGUCACGACUAAGCUCUCAACAAGUGGCUGAACUGCUGGCUUGUAAACUGUCCAGCAAUGUGACAAAAGAGACCUGGAAGCUUUUCUUCAACAAAAUCAGCUCACGUCUUGAUGAUGCACUUCUUUCAUAUUCCAACAUGACUCCCAGUCCAAGCUUUUUCUUGCCCAAUGUUCUGGAUGCGAUCAGUGAGGUUCGGAUCGACCGCUUUAGUCCCCAGAGACUGAAAGAUCCUGUCUUCAUUCGCACAUGGUUUCAGGGGAGACUAAAACCCUUCUUACCAUCAGUAUCUCAAAGAUUCCUGUCCUGUCUCAGCACCAAAAACUUCAGUUGUGAAAGUUAUCGUGUUAUAUUUGUGGAACUAAAUAAUAAUUUUAGAGAGAUAGACAAUACGACACAAAGACUGGUCUUCAGUAACUUCAUUGGUCCAUUCCUGUCACGACGUCAACACUCAGGUGGUGACUGCACAUUGCCCUUCAACAACAGUGUAGACUUCAUCCUGCAAAACUUUGGGAGUUUCUCUCCUUUUGCACUGCUUCAAGAUUUCUCAAACUUUAGCCACAAUUUUUCAGCUGUGGAGGCGAUUCCUGUUCUCUCACUGGUGCAGUUGGGCGAACUGGUUUUCUCGCCUCCCGCUAAACCAGAAGACAGAAACGACAUUCUCAGAAGAGUCUUUGACUUCUUUCUUCAAGCCCCUAACAGGGACAAACUGAUCAACUUCAUCCCCUUUCUAGAGACACAGGCCAGCAAGGCAAACUUCAGUUGUGAAAAUUACAAAAUCAUCUUUGACAGGAUAGAUCAGACUUUAUCAUCAGUCUCUCCUAACCAGUCUGAAACACUGCUAACUAUUAGAGAUUCCCUGAUGAUGAUUCCCCCCGAUGAGUGCAUAGAGAGAGCUGGCCAAUGCACAACAACCCCUGUAAAUGAGACCGUUCUCUGUGCAAGCAUCAACAGCUCUGCAGUGGAUCAACUCCUGAAUGGAGCAGCUCCACCUGCAACAGGCCCCCAGAAUCUCUGCAACUUUACUGUCUUGCAGUACGCCUGUCUUCCAAUGCUGUCACGACUAAGCUCUCAACAAGUGGCUGAACUGCUGGCUUGUAAACUGUCCAGCAAUGUGACAAAAGAGACCUGGAAGCUUUUCUUCACCAAAAUCAGCUCACGUCUUGAUGAUGCACUUCUUUCAUAUUCCAACAUGACUCCCAGUCCAAGCUUUUUCUUGCCCAAUGUUCUGGAUGCGAUCAGUGAGGUUCGGAUCGACCGCUUUAGUCCCCAGAGACUGAAAGAUCCUGUCUUCAUUCGCACAUGGUUUCAGGGGAGACUAAAACCCUUCUUACCAUCAGUAUCUCAAAGAUUCCUGUCCUGUCUCAGCACCAAAAACUUCAGUUGUGAAAGUUAUCGUGUUAUAUUUGUGGAAUUAAAUAAUAAUUUUAGAGAGAUAGACAAUACGACACAAAGACUGGUCUUCAGUAACUUCAUUGGUCCAUUCCUGUCACGACGUCAACACUCAGGUGGUGACUGCACAUUGCCCUUCAACAACAGUGUAGACUUCAUCCUGCAAAACUUUGGGAGUUUCUCUCCUUUUGCACUGCUUCAAGAUUUCUCAAACUUUAGCCACAAUUUUUCAGCUGUGGAGGCGAUUCCUGUUCUCUCACUGGUGCAGUUGGGUGAACUGGUUUUCUCGCCUCCCGCUAAACCAAAAGACAGAAACGACAUUCUCAGAAGAGUCUUUGACUUCCUUCUUCAAGCCCCUAACAGGGACAAACUGAUCAACUUCAUCCCCUUUCUAGAGACACAGGCCAGCAAGGCAAACUUCAGUUGUGAAAAUUACAAAAUCAUCUUUGACAGGAUAGAUCAGACUUUAUCAUCAGUCUCUCCUAACCAGUCUGAAACACUGCUAACUAUUAGAGAUUCCCUGAUGAUGAUUCCUCCCGAUGAGUGCAUAGAGAGAGCUGGCCAAUGCACAACAACCCCUGUAAAUGAGACCGUUCUCUGUGCAAGCAUCAACAGCUCUGCAGUGGAUCAACUCCUGAAUGGAGCAGCUCCAUCUGCAACAGGCCCCCAGAAUCUCUGCAACUUUACUGUCUUGCAGUACGCCUGUCUUCCAAUGCUGUCACGACUAAGCUCUCAACAAGUGGCUGACCUGCUGGCUUGUAAACUGUCCAGCAAUGUGACAAAAGAGACCUGGAAGCUUUUCUUCAACAAAAUCAGCUCACGUCUUGAUGAUGCACUUCUUUCAUAUUCCAACAUGACUUCCAGUCCCAGCAACUUGUCCCUAUCUGAUGUUCUGGAUGUGAUCAGUGAGGUUCGGAUCAAUCGCUUUAGUCCCCAGAGACUGAAAGAUCCUGUCUUCAUUCACACAUGGUUUCAGGGGAGACUUAAACCCUUUUUACCAUCCGUAUCUCAAAGAUUCCUGUCCUGUCUCAGCACCAAAAACUUCAGUUGCGAAAAUUAUCGUAUUAUUGUGGAGCCACUUGUAAAUGCAAUCCCACGAGACGGAAAAGAUGUUUGCAAUCCAACAGCCACUGAAAGACAGGAUAUGAUCUACACAGAGUUAAUUAAAGCUUUCCUGUCUCGCAAUGACACUGAUGAUCCCAGGUGCCUUAGGGACACAGCUAACAGUACACAGUGGGUUGUUAGAAACUUUGGGCCAUUUGUUCAAUCAGCUCCCCUAAAGGAACUAGUUACACUGAACAGAAACUUCACAGCGGUGGAUGUUCUGCCUCUUUUGAGCCUAAGACAAUUAGCUGAGAUUACUUCCACCCCUGGGAUAUUUACAAAUCUUCGAAAUGUCAUCAGUGUAAUGCAGAUUGUAAAGGAUUGCCAGUUGGGCACUUUCUUUGACAUCUUUUCUCCAGCAGUGCAGGACAUUCCGCUCACACAAGAUGUCAAAGACACACUGAUGCAACAGAUAUUUGAUAGAGUCAGUCUGUCUAAUCUAACCAUCCGUAAUGAGGAAGUUCUGGUCUGGAUCAAUAAAAGACUACAACCUCUGUUAAACAACCUUACAGAAAGCUUUGUGGCUCCAUUUUUCAGCAUCCUUAACGCAAGGAACUGCAACAUCACUCAAACUGGAUUGAAGCUAUUAGAUGUUGUCCGACCUUCGAUGCCAAUUAAUACCAAAAACGCAAUCUACAGAAACAUUCUGCUGUCCAUCGGAGGUGCACAGCCUCUGAAGUGCUACACAAACAACAGCUUUAUCGUGUUCCUAAAUGAAAGCCUGCUUGGCUUUGGGCCAAUUCCAAAUUUAACAUCUUUCCUCUCUCUGAUGCCACCACCUCGGAAAUCUGAGCUUAUAAACUCUAUAGCUCCUGCUGAGCUGGGAACCUACUUCAGACAGCCAGAUGUGGUGGACAAUGAGGCAGAGAUCUGUGUGGUGCUUAAAAGCUUUGUCAAAACCCCUGAGUUCUUGGAUACUGAGGAUGUCCCGGAUAAUGUUAAACGCACAGUCCUACCCUGUGUCUGGCCUAUGGCAUUGGCAAGUGACAAUCAGCCCGAGAUUGAUUUGUGGUUUGACCAUAGAUUGAGGCUCUACGUGAAGUUCCUGAACAAGACUCUAUUAGGUUCACAAGACACAUUGAAUGCACCAUGCUUAUCAUACAGAAAAAUGGUUGCUGUUUUAGGCAACAAUUUCACCUUUAAUGAUUCUCAGCUUUCCCAACGGGAUGUAUUCACCACCAUCCAGAAAUAUCUGAAAACAGAUUCUGUACCAAAGUGCUACAACUCCACUGACCCAAAACUGAACUCAACGGCAUGGUUUGCUAACCACAUUGGUGUAUUUAUGACCUUUGUGAGCCUAGAUGAUUUCUACUCUUUUGGUCCUGAGGACACGAUAAAAAUCUUCACUGUGAAUCCUGAAAAUGUACAGCUGUUCAAAUUAAAUCCACCUCCAAAGAUAGUGAUCAACCGCUACACUGAGCUCAUUUUUCUACAAAACCCCAGCUUCAGUAUUUUUAGCUUGCCUUCAGUUUUGCUGUGCGAUGCCCCACCAUCAGUCUUUAUUGGCUUAAAUGAAAGUCAAACAACUACUAUUCUUGGAAAUUUUAAAACAUCUUGCUCCGAUGUGGAUCCUGCGAUAUCUACUGCACUUGCUGGAAACAUCAAAACCAUAAAUGCCAAUACUUUUACAACCUUGGGACAGGAAAGUGUUGGCCUAACAACUGUACAAAUAAAUAGUGCAACUUCGACAGUUCUGAACAGUAGUCUCUCAGUACUCAGCACUGUGGCUGGGUGGACCUUCGGACAAGUUACUGCAAUCGUACGAGUGCUUCUCAGUGGAACAUUUGAGCUUAUCAAUGCCAACAAUCUGCUGAGUCUAGGAUCUCUAAUUGGAGGGAUCCCUUCGGCAAAACUGACUGAAAUAGCUCCAGAACAAAUUCUCAUAACUUCUAAAAACACAAUAUUUAGACAAAGCAUACUGAGUGCCCCAGAGAUUGUUCAGAAGACCUACGUGACCCAGCUAAUCAAAGUGGAUCAGUCACCAGCAGCCCUAAUGACAAAUAUUCCCGAUGACAUGGCCAUCCAAAUUCCAAGAAACCUUCUGAAUAUUCCCACCACUGUAGAUAUAACAGUUCUGCAAAAGAUUAACACUAAAAAGUGGAAACCUGAACAGGCAGCUCUGUUCUUUGAUACUGUUGCUGACAAAUUUGAUCAACCUGAUGACCUGUCAGUGGAGGUCCUGCAAGGAUUUACAUGCUCCCGAGUGCAGACGUUCACCAAAGACAAAAUCAGAGGCCUGAUUAAUGCCUGUCGGCACAGAAGUAACAGACCUAAGGUGGUACUGAGUGAGACUCAGUUGACCUGCAUGUACAACCAAAUUAGAGGUGACACACCACUGGAUUUUGUCAACUAUCCACCAGAUAUGUUGCUGUACUACAAUUAUGAUACAAUCCCAAGAGCCCAAUGCAAUGCAUAUUUUACACAGUUAGCAACAGCAGAUUUCUCGAAAUUUUCUACUACACUGAGAGGGAGACGGGACAUUUUGUGGAAUAAUGCCGCAAACUGCUUUGGUAUUAAAGGGACAGGCAUCAAGAAACAGGACUUAACAGUUCUGGGCAAUUUGGCAUGCGUUCUGAGCAAAGACGUCAUUGAAAACUCUGACCCAGAAAUCCUGGAGAACUUAAAGAACUGCAGCGAACUCUCAGAUGCACAGAUGAUGGCCAUGGAAACGCUUCUCUUGAAGGGAACAUCAAAAUAUGGACCACCGGGCAAAUGGAAUCAGAUAACUCUUGGCAGUCUCGGAAUUCUUCCUUUGUACUUGCCCCAGAAAUUUUGGGGAUCAUUCACAGAGAGAGAUUCUCGCAAGUUCUUGAAAACUUUCUUAAAAUUUCUGCGUGGCCAAAACACUGCAAAAGUGCAUAUGAAAAGGUUGUUUAAAGCUCUCAUUUUAACUGUACCGAGAGCCAAAAGAGAAGCUGGCUGUACUAAGGGCACCAUCACCAGUACUGUUAUCAGCGAUGAUGCCUUCCCCUUCGGAUAUUCUGCUACAGAUUUCCAGAACUGCAUGAGUGCUGAAGUAGUGAGGGACAACCUUGCUGGCCUGUGUGCAAAAGUUGAUGAUAAUGAGCUUCAGAGAGUAAUUUUGGACAAACUCAAUGAGAUACUUCCAAAUGGGCUUUCGGAUGAUCAGGUACAGGUGCUGGGGUCAGUAUCCAAGAAUGCAACAGUUGUUGAAAUAAAUAAAUGGAGCAUCACUAAAACUGACACACUGGCUGCACUGAUGAAUGCCAACGAUGGUGAAUGGGCCCCUACACAGAGCAAUGCAAUCAUUACAAAAUACCUAAGCUCCAACAAAAAUCUAUCUGCGACUGAGUUGAAUCUAAUCAAAGGACCCAAUCUCUGCUCUCUGAAUGUCAGCACAUUGGCAGCAAUAUUGCCUGAUAGUAUACGGGGGUCUGAUGCUUUGGAUGUGUCAAAGUGUUCUUCUGAUCAAAAGAAGGCACUCUUCAGCAUUGCUAACAGAGCAUUCCCCUUGUCAUCCGCCACUGGCCAAAAAAGCAUCCUCUCAUCUUUCCAGCUCAUUGAGUCCUAUCUUGGGGGUGCAGAUUUAAAUUACAUUAGGAAUUUGUCAUUGUCUGGUGUCAGCAUGAGCCUCUCGACUUUCAAAAAUCUGGAUCCAGAUGUUGUCUUUAACCUCACAGUGUCUGAAGUCCAGGGUCUUCUCGGUUUAAACCUACGGGAUCUAAAAACGUUUGAAAAUGAAACAACUGUGCAGAGCUGGAUCACACGGCAAUUACAGUCUGAGCUGGAUAAACUGAAUAUUUCACUAACUGGAGGGAGAGCAGACUCUGUUUCUCCAACUGCAGCAACUAACUCAACUUCUACAAAUACAACUAUGACAGCUGCUACAGCUGCCACAACCAUUAAAAGUAGUGCAGUAGCUUCAGGAAUCAGAGCCAGCGAAUGGUCAGUGUCACUCACUGUUCUUAUUUUUACAAUCAUCAAAAUGGAGAUAAUAUAGCUGCACUGACUGAAGUCAGCCACACAGUAAUCUUACCAAGCAGUUGACGUAUCUGUGCGAUUCUGCUCCGGAAGAAAUAUAAAUAUAUAGAAUAUUAAAAUCUAGUUAAUCUGACUAUAAUCACUUUUUCUCUUUGUUUGAUUUCUGUACCAUUCUAUAAGUUAUGAUAUCCAUAUGACCCUAUAAUAUUAUUGAAAAUAUCAAUAACCUUUAUUAUUGAUGUAAUUAUCCUUUUUUGAUAAUAAGUUGCACUAAUUGCUAAAUAAGUCAAAGCAAAUAAUAUGUUACUCUACAAUAAAAACAAAAUCUCAGGUGGAUAUUUUACUUAUUUUAUUUUCAAGCACUAAUGAUUAAUUGUUCAGUAUUCCAUAUUCCUAAACUUCAGUUGGGUCUUGAUUUAUUUAUGAUUCCACACAGUUUGGACAUAGCUUCUAUAUAAAGCUUUUCAAACAUUUAGAAUUGUUAAAUUGUUAUUUGUGGUUUUCAUACAGAAAUUGUGAAAUGUUUUAUGACUAGUACCUGAUAAUAAAUAAAAUGUACUCUGUGA